GCCACAUCCGGCAGCGACACCCGCAGUAUUGGUCGAUCGCGCGACGGCAGCAGCGAAGUUGGUCGAAUUUGCUAUAUACAUUAUUGAUAAAUAGCUCGCGUCGUUACCCGUGUGACUUUCCGAUGCGGCGAGAACAGCCGACGUAUCGUGCGUGAUCGACGACGGCUCGCGCAAGAGCCGUUUCUCGAGCGGAACCGAGUGUGCUUUUCACGAAGAAAGAAGCGUGGUAGCCGCCGUGGACGACCGACUGCCGUACGACGUACCGUGACGACAGUUACGUGAGAAGAGAGAGAAAGAGUGAGUGAGUGAGCGAGCGAGAGAGAGAGAGAGAGACAGAGAGAGAAGGAGAACGCGCGCGCGUCGCCUGGCGAGCCGAGAUCGGCGACGGACGAGAGCAGCCGAGUACGGACGACGAGAUUAUCGUACGUUGGGUGUGACGCGGUUCGCGUUGCGCUCUGUGUGCGCGUAUCGGACCGGCGAAUUGUGGCGGAUUUCUGCGCGCUCGAGUUCCAAGACAGCGUUCCUCGCAAGAGCCCGCGGCGCUAUCCCACGAGAGCAUGCCGAGCCCGGCCACGAAGAGGAGACACUCGCAGAAAGGAAACAGCGCUCAGAACGCAUUGUUACAGACGACCCUGGUUUCAACGCGCUCGGAAAUAUUUUAAUAACGACGUCAAUCGUUACAGACGGUGAAAGAGACUGCGAAUUAUUGCGAGCGCAAAGUCCAGGAAAUAGUCACCGAAACUAAAUUAUCUUAGCAACUAUCGUGGAUCAUCGUCGUUGUCGUUAUUGGACCUUCUCGUAUAUGUUACGAGAGAACGCAUUGAAAUACGUUUAAUGACACAUCAAAGAUUAUGCCUCCUAAAACGUGAAAAUCAAAAAACUUAGCAUCUCUUGAGAAGAAAUGGGCGAAUCAAUGAUCAAUAACAUGGGAGAGAGCGUCGGUGCGAUGUAAUUACGCGACGUAAAGGAUGGCAGACUGAUAAUAAAUGAUAUAUUAGAGUAAAACGGAAAGAGCAUAGAAAGAGACAAGAAAGAGGGAGGAGGGAGAGAGAGAGAGAGAGAGAGAGAGCAUAAAUAGAGAAAGUGGCAAAUAGCAGCAAGGGCGGACAGAGAGGGAGAGAGCAGGAGAAGGAGCAAAAGUGCCGGACAGAAGCGUAGUAAUGGAUGAAUGGGAGUGAGCGCGACGCACAGGGAGCGCAGGAGCGGGCGCGGACGGGAGCCUCUGGAUGUGGAGGCCGCGGCACUGGCAGCGUCAGUGGCAGUGAUGGCCCCUGCUCUGACGGAAGGCGGUCCUCAAAAGCCUGAAAACUUGCUCCCUUCCCUCCCAGCUGGCGGUUUCCUCUCCGCAGAGCAAGCCACGCAGGUGUGCCAGAAUCGUGAGAUCCUGACCAAGUUUGUCGUCCCGGCGAAUGUGCAACCGUCGAAGAUUGACGACCAAUGCCUGCGCGGUGUCUCGAAAGAUCUGAUUCGCGAUGUCAUUAACUCGAAAUACGCCAACGAUCUCGACAGUCUGUCCACGUUCGCGAGCGCAUCUGACUUGAUCGCAAAGGACGGCUUGACGGCGGAGGAGCAGGACUUUGAGCGGCCGGUCACGCCGGACGGUCUCGAACCGCAGGUGACUGACAUUAUAAUGAACGAUCCAUCUAUGGGUGAUCAAACCAACAACAUGGGUUUCUUGAAAUCGAGCGCGGACUUGCCUCUGGUGGCUUCUGAGACUGCGGGUGACAAUAAGAAUUUGGACGUCGAUCAGAUAAUGGCCUUCGGCUCCGACAUCACCGCUGAUGCCGAGCAAUGCGGCAUUGCGAAUGUCACCGAUAUCGGGCAUAAUGUGGACGAGAUUUUGCAAGUGAUCAAGUCGAUCGAAGGUGCGGACAGCGCCGAGAACAUCUCUGCGAGCGGUAGCGAACCCGUGCAGAGCGCCGUCGAUGGCGUCGAGAUGUUCGCCAUGCCUGAGGAGGGAUUCGCCUCCUUUGAGCGAGAUUUACUUAACGAUGUGGACGUGAUGAGUCUUUGCAACGAUAAUAUAAAUAUCACAGACACGGUGGACCAACAAAAAUCUAACAACUUGAGACUGCAGCAAGACAUCGUGGCGCAGAAGCAAUUCGAGAACGAGAGAAGGAGUGCAUUUCUACUGAGAAGACUUAGGAAACUUCAGGCGAAGACGAUGGGCAGACACGUCGCGGAGGAAACCACCGGCGUUCUCGAAUUGGCUCAGCAUGGAGUAAAGAAAUAUUUGUUUCAAGAAUUAGUCAAUAUCAGUUCGAAAUCUAAUGUCAGAAACUUUCCUGAGAUUAGUAGCAGUUUGCAUUCGUUUCUACAGAAAAUUGAGAAAAUGUGUAUCGCCCAGAGUAACAGUGUGAAUCGUCAGAGAGUGUGUUGUCGAUACUUUGGUGGAGGCUCGCGCGAUAAUUUGGCCGGCGCAUCUGGUAACAAUGGCAAUCGUCAGCCAGUGUUUGGCACUCAUCAAGUUAAACUGAACGGUGAAGAAGUGGAAAGUGUGGCCGGACCUUUGUCUACGCAGUUGCACGUUGUGGAAUCCAACUUGGAUUCGGAUUGUACAGCGUCCAGCAGCGGCGGAGAAAGCUGCGACGAAAUGCAGACAUUUAACAAUCCGCACCAACAGCAUCUGUCCAUAUCCAAAAGAGCAGCAUGGAGAUAUGCACAAGAUCGUGCAGGUGUAGCAUCACGGUGGACCUGGCUGCAGGCACAAAUAUCAGAUUUAGAAUACAGAAUUAGACAGCAUAACGAUCUGCAGCGGCAUAUUAGGGCCACAAAGGGCUUGAUUAUUAUCGAUAAUGCAGAAACUGUUAAUGGAUAUAGUGGCGCUCUACCUGGUUCUACUGGACGAUACAGUUCACCCGAAAGUGAAUUACCAGCUAGUAGAACGCGUCCAUUUGUAUGGAGUUUUUAUAGAAAGAGAAAGCUUUUGCAAGUGGACAAACUACACGAAGUUUCAAAGCGUGCAGCUAAAGCGUCAACAGUGAGAUGCAACUGUGAUCAUGUGUUGCCUGCGUGUGCUUUAUGUACAGGAAGGCUUGAUCCAAUGCAGCCACAAGAAUCAAUUGAACAGCUUUCUAUACAGGAACGUGUAGCACUUGUUGAUCCUAGUUUUCAUCCGGUGUUGUCGUUCACGGACGAAAUUGUACAUGGCACUCACUUGGAAGCUAUUAUGAAGUCGGUGGAGUGGCAACAAAAGAUUUUGAGAGCAAACUUGCGAGUUACCCGAGUAAAAGAUAAAGAUGGCAAUGAAAGAAGGAAUAAGAAACUUCCUGGUCACAGGACGAAAUACACCGCGCGAUUGAAAAAAUCAUCCUCUACUAUACUUACAGCAAGGAUCAAGAGAAAAGUGUUGAAAAAUGGAAAAAGAAAUAGACUCGGUCACGAGAGAGGUGUGCACGGAUUAAAUAAGAAACGAAUAUCAAAAUUGCCGACCGAGGACGACGACGACAUCAGCGCGCUUUCAAGUUCCAGCAAACAUUCGUCUCCAGUGCCUUCUCCAUUGCAACACGUUACUGCCUCAUUGGAGAAAAAUACUGUUAAAGAAAAAAGUUCCAGUUCACACGGGCGUUUGCGACAAAACUCGUACGACAUUGACAAUAUAGUCAUCCCCUACAGUGUCGCUGCUUCAACCAGGCUCGAAAAAUUGCAAUACAAGGAGAUUUUAACACCAAAAUGGAGAUUGUGCGAGGAGCCUACGAGAAUGGACGUGAAAAAUGGUGUGAUGCAUAGGUCUGGUCAAGACAGUGAUUUUGAAGAUAUGUCAGAUGAAACUAUCGCUCUGAGGCACGAGCGUAGCGAGCGCGAGGAAAACAAGCGUUUCAUGACGUAUAUCAAUAUGCCUCAUCAGACGCGCAUUCGUCACAACCAACGCCGUGUCGACAGCAGAGCGGACAGCGGUGCGAAUACGCCAGAUCCCAUGUCGCCGCACGCUAGCGACAUGAGCGGUGACGUGAUAUCGCCUAUUACGUCUCCGCCCGCCACCCCGUCGCAGGUGCAGGAUACGGAGCAUCCGCAGCCGUCGAGUUUGGAUUCGCAGCGACCGACUGCUCUACAAAACGCUCUACGACGUCGCGCCAUACCUGUCACGUCAACGGCCGCGUUUAGACUUGGAAGAGACGAUGUUGCGAUCGCAUUUACCGAAGACGAAAACGAGAUUUUACCGUAUGAGCCAAGAAUAUUCCCGCUAUCCGAGGAAGUUUACGACAAGAUGCUAAAGGUAAUGCCGGACGGACACUGGCAGGCUUCGUCGACAUCUCUAUGCUCCCGCGACGGAGAUAAGGGUGAUGAUGACGUGGAAAUGGAUUCUCCCGAAUCAGAUUCGACCGAAUCGGCUUGUUGCGAUAUAGACGGUGAGGAUCCGAAUGAUCCCGAGUGGACAGUAGCCGACGAUAGGGACACUGAAAAGGAGAGAAUACGUCCGACGGCUAAAAGAUAGGAUGAAACUCUUAAUAAAUACAUUGUCUAUGUCGUCGUUACUAUAUACAGAAGCUACCUGUCAAUUGUUAUAUAUACCUGUCGCUCAUGUAACAUGCACCUUAAGUUAAAUGGUAUUACGAAUCUGUAAAGUGUAUUAUAAAUAUAAAUUUUAUAACUUCAUCCUGCUUAAAUUAAUGGAAAACCUUGAUUAUUAUUACUCUUUUUUUUUUUUUUUAAAUAUUGCUAUUUUGGCCAAAGCAUUAGGAUUCUAUGAGCGCCGUAUUACGCUAAUGUACAUACAUUGCAUUACCAAUUUUCCUUCUCUAUGUUACGAAUAAUAGGUAGUAUUAUAAUUCCGAGAAAAGUGGAAUCUCAUGACAGAUCGAGCGAUUUUGUACUAAAAGCUGUAUUUAUGUCACAAUCAGUCCUUCACUUUAAAUAAAAGUGCCAAUCGAUAUGCUCCAUAGCACUGUGUAUUUGUCGAUUCUUGUGCGCUUUUUUUUAUUUUGUAAAAAAGAAUAUGGCCAGAGAGCCCAAAACCAGAUACGCGCACACACUUUGCGAGACACGCCGAUAUCGUCGUGAAUGCUUCGAUCACUAAUGUACGUUACGAUUUUAUUAUGUGAACUUGUAUUUUUAAAUCUUUGUAUUAUAUAUGUACAGACCACACACACACACACACACACAUUAUAUAUAUAUAUGUAUGUAUAUACAUAUCUGUCUCAUAACAACUUUUGCACCUAAUUUCGCAAAUAUCAUAUUUUAUGUAACAGUCAAAAUCACAGUUUAAUCGAGUACCAAGUCCCGUUUAUUUUUCAUACGAUCUAUGUUCUAUAUUUUUUAAGAUACGCUGUUACAUCGUACAGGUAAGAACACAACAUUAAAAUUAUGCGAAAGAAUGUAUAUUCGUGUAUCAUAGGGGAUAUAGUCUUGAUAUAUAGCGUGUGAAUUUGAGAUGUAUAGAACAAAAGCAGCUAGUAUUAAAAAUGCUUGUGUAUGAGUAGCUGUGUUAUCAGUUGAAUAAAAAUACCCUGUAUUUUGACUGUUAUGUUCUUAUCAUUGCAUUGCGAUUUGUGAGACAACUUCAUUCAUUAAUUUAAGCGUUAACAAUGCCGAAAUUUUUGUGUCACUGUGAUUUCACGAUUUUCUAAUAGUCUGUGAUAUUACAUGUAUUUUCGUUCGUAUUAGAAAAGUUUUAUAACCAGAAAAAUGUCUACACUCUUUUAAAAAUCGCAUGCGUUUCAAUUUUGUACAUCACUUUUAUGAUGCAAAUAAAAAUGAGUGAUAACAGAA